AUGGUCCUUUACCGCCACGGGUUUCGAGGGUUACAUUCUGAAAAUGAAUUAUAAAAAUUACGUGGACGCUGUUAGGAAUUUGAACACAUAGUAAAAAGCGUCACCCUAGGAUUAAGGGGGGUUUUUGGAACGAAGAAAGCUUCGCAUUACCCAUAGACAAUAAAAAUUUAUCCACAGUUGUGUUAUUUUAUGUAGUUAAUAAAUUAUGUGUUUCAACAAUUGAUCAAAUUUGGUUUAACUUGCAUAUAAAUCGAGAGGUAAUAGUGUCGAUGUUUUAAUGUGAAUUUUAAUAAGCUGUUGUUUAUGUUUUAAAUAAAUAACAACGGCCUGACAGUAACGACCACAAAUGUAAUUCUUAUUUCAUCAUCAUCCAUCAACUAUGAAUCUUACAUUAUACUGAGAUUAUACAUAAGUAUGACGGGUUGUGUGUUUAUAUUUCAACAUCAAAACGAAUUGAUGGAUGUUAGAAAGAUUUUAAAUUUAAUUAAUAUAUUACGUAAUAUAGUAUAUAUUCUUAAUCAGAAUUCUAUCUUACAUGUCGUUUUUUGCAAUAACCCUUUUUUCAUAUUACAGGUACACUCAAAUAUCAUCAUGAACAAGAUCCCCGUGUCAUUCUUUAAGAAACCAAAAAAAUCCACAAACACUUAAACGUGACAAAAGAAACAGCAAUGGGAACACAGACAAGGCGUUGGUACCCAAUAAUGAUCGAAAGAAGAAAACUGAAGAAAUCACCAACCAGAAUGAAAUUGAGUAUAUUAGUGUUAAUACUAGUUACGCUGCCUUAUAGUUCAACUUUAAGCCUUCCAAGUGGUGACCCGGCACCUGGAAGAUCUCCCGGGCCACCUGAUCUAAACGCAGACGAUGUAACAGAACUUAAAGCAGAGGCUACUGUUAAAGUUGCUACUAACUUAGAACCUGAUUAUGACACCAGUACAAUGCUGGAGGAUAUAGAAUUAACGACAGUUAGUGAUAUCAGUGUUAGUGAGAGGACAGUGAUGGGUGAUGCAUGUGCCUUCGCGAGGAUCCCUGGCGAUAGUGACGAAGUAGUUACGGUCGGAACCGGUGAUAGUGAUGUCAAUUUGACAGUUAGCCAUCCUGUUUUUGAAACGGCGGAAAUCGUCCGAGGAGUUGUGUAUGAUGGUAAGUUUUAGCUAUAAUACUUCUUAAUUUCUUUUAUUUUAAACCGUUAAUUGUGAUAGACUUAGACUUUUUUUUUCUUUUGACAUGUCAUUAAAAUUAUAGAAUAGAAUCUGUUCCCCAAAUUCGGCUGAGUAAAUUAAAGCCUAUG